AUGAUGCUUCUUAAUCUCCUUCUAUGCUGCUGUUUGACCAUCGCUGCCCAGGAAUCCCAGGGCCAGACGGACAUCGCUGUACCUGUCACAGGUAAGAGGAAUGGAAUUCUAUUGUGUUCCACUGACUGCCAGUAUACCCCGUACUGUGCUUUCCUGCCCACUGACUGCCAGUAUACCCCGUACUAUACUUCCAUGUCUACCGACUGCCAGUAUACCCUGCGCUGUGCUUCCAUAUCUACUAACUGCCAGUAUACCCUGCACUGUGCUUUCCUGCCCACUGACUGCCAGUAUACCCCGUACUGUGCUUUCCUGCCCACUAACUGCCAGUAUACCCCGUACUGUGCUUCCAUGUCUACCGACUGCCAGUAUACCCCGUACUGUGCUUUCCUGCCCACUAACUGCCAGUAUACCCCGUACAGUGCUUCCAUGUCUACUAACUGCCAGUAUACCCUGUCUGUGCUUUCCUGCCCACUAACUGCCAGUAUACCCCGUACUGUGCUUCCAUGUCUACCGACUGCCAGUAUACCCUGCGCUGUGCUUCCAUAUCCACUAACUGCCAGUAUACCCUGCUCUGUGCUUUCCUGCCCACUGACUGCCAGUAUACCACGUACUGUGCUUUCCUGUCUACCGACUGCCAGUAUACCCUGCGCUGUGCUUCCAUAUCCACUAACUGCCAGUAUACCCUGCUCUGUGCUUUCCUGCCCACUGACUGCCAGUAUACCACGUACUGUGCUUUCCUGUCUACCGACUGCCAGUAUACCCUGCGCUGUGCUUCCAUAUCCACUAACUGCCAGUAUACCCUGCUCUGUGCUUUCCUGCCCACUGACUGCCAGUAUACCACGUACUGUGCUUUCCUGUCUACCGACUGCCAGUAUACCCUGCGCUGUGCUUCCAUAUCUACUAACUGCCAGUAUACCCCGUACUGUGCUUUCCUGCCCACUGACUGCCAGUAUACCCCACACUGUGCUUCCAUGUCUACCGACUGCCAGUAUACCCCGUACUGUGCUUCCUUGCACACUGACUGCCAGUAUUCACUGCAAUAUACUUCUUGCCCAUCUAGUGCCACUCUGCAAUGUGCUUAUCUGCUCACUGACUGCCAGGAUACUUUACAUUGACGGUCACCGUGCCUUAAAUUUGAAAUUUUUAUUCCCAACAAUUUCCACUUUAUUGAAUAACUCAGUAAUUAUUAUGAUAUGUACUGACUUUAUAGCACCAUGCUGCCUAUUGUCUCUCUUACUGCGCAGGCUUGGAAUCAGCAUUAGAGAACACUUUGUGACAAGGUACACGAUCAUCUGAAAAACUGUUAGACGGUAUCCACAAAUGACGUGAUACACUAACAUAGAAAUCUUAAUAAAGAAAGCAUUCGUCACACCAUCAGAUUGUACCUUUAAAGGGGCAGUCUAUGCACCAUAACCACUACAGCUCAUUGUCAGGUGUCUUCGCAUGCCAUCCCUCAAUAUUCUAUCUAACGGUUUGUGAGUUCUUUGACAAAAACAGCCCUUUGUAUUUUGAUGUUGGGAUAUUAGCAGAACGCAUGUAUGUCAUAGGCUCUCCAUUUUGCUCCAGGUAAUGCCUUUUUAUCGUGUGGCUACUUUCUCUCGACACCUCACAAUUUAAAGUGGAAAAUGGAAGCCAGUAAUAAGACGUGGGCUUCGCUGAAGAUAAGGUCAUGGAUUUACGGCAUAGACUUUCCUGCUUUGACUCUGCUGAUCUUUAGGAAUAAGACCCUAGGGGAUCGUGGGAAUUAUUCAUGUAAGGUGGAUCAUCGAAAUGCGAAUGUCAGCAGAGGUAUGUCCUGUUUGUCUCAGCGGGCACGUGGAUUAUAUUAAAGCAAGACCAUGUAUUAUCGUGAUAAAAAAAAAAAAAAUACAAUGAAACAGGACCACGGUUUAUAAUCAUUUUGACAUAGACCUAAAUUAUAAAGGUAUUAGCUUGGAAACCUGGUUAUUAAAUUGUAUUAUGAUAUAUAUUAAAAUCUCCUUAAGAAGACACUUACAUGGUUAUUCACUAAAUUGUGAAUUAUUUUGUUUUCAAAGAGAAUUUAAAGUGAAACCAUAGCUGACUAGGCUUAAUCUUUCCAAUUUGUCUUAUCUGGUCUAAAAUAUUUAUUUUUGAAUUCUCUUUGAAUUCCAAACAAUUCACACUGUAGUAAAUAGCCCUAUUAACAUGCCUGUUGAUUGCGGUGGGAACUGGAAGCUGCCCAGAAUCAGAUGAAUAUGUUGGGGCCUACUGAAAAUAGCACAGGGACAUCAUCUGGGCCUCAACAACCAAUGUUCUAGAUCGACGCAUGAAGCGGAACAUGUGUUCCUUUAACUCCAGCCUAUUUAUAUUGUCUAGAUUGGACGUUCACCAUUCAUAGAUUGUUUGGAGGACAGUGCCGUGUCAUAAGUUAGUGUUUGUUUUACCCAACAUAUAUUGAUAGUGAUACAAAAAGUUAAUCAAACAACAGUAGACUUUUCUUGAUGGUGUAAGUGUCUUCCCUACGUGGCUACAAUUACAGCUGUGUGUUUAUCCCAGCAUUGCACAUUCGCAAUUUUUGACCAUUUGUCUUGGCAGAAUUGGCCAAGCUCUGUUGCAAACAGCUAUUCUCAUGUCUUUCGUCAGUCUGGACUUUACGUGAGGCAUUCCGAGAUCUUCAGGUUCAUUAUCACUCCUAUUGAUCCAGAAAUAUUUUUCCCAAAUCCGCUAUUUUUGAGUAAAUUUUACCAUUAUAAUUUGCUGGCAGAUGUUUGAGUUGGAGAAGAUCGAAUGGACUUCCUAUUAGUGUUUGUUGUUCAGGUCUUGUUAGGGGCACUUAAUAACCUGAUAUUCUGAGAUGCUGUUAAUACAGUUAUGUGACUAGGAAUUAAGCCUUUACCCACGUGUCUCUCUGUAUUCAGACAAUGACAGCAUGCACUGUGAAGCCCCCCAGGACUGGUCCAGUCUGUCGUGGUCUUGUGACAAUGAGGUCAUUCUGAUGGCUGAGAGGGGGAGCAGCCGACUUGACAUGAAGCUAAAGACAAAUGAGACUUACCUUGUAAUAACCUCUGUCACCCCCGAAGACACCGGGACUUACCUCUGCUCUAUAAUGGGGAGUCAAAUCAGCGUUCGGCUCAACGCCACGCAGGCCUCAGGUAAUAUAACAGGAAAUCACUCUGUAUUACGUACAAAACCACACUUUGUAUUACAUUAACACAGUUAUUCUCUAUGUUACACACAGACACACUUUAUAUUACACACACGGCGCAUUCUAUAUAACACACACAGAGCAUUCUAUAUAACACACACAGCGCACUCUAUAUAUUACACACACAUCGCACUCUAUAUAUUACACACACCGCGCACUCUAUAUAUUACACACAGUCACACUCUAUAUUACACACGGCCACACUUUAUAUUACACACACGGCGCAUUCUAUAUUACACAGUCACACCCUAUAUAACACACACAGCGCACUCUAUAUAUUACACACACAGCGCACUCUAUAUAUUACACACACAGAGCACUCUAUAUUACACACAGUCACACUCUAUAUUACACACGGCCACACUUUAUAUUACACACACGGCGCAUUCUAUAUUACAGAGUCACACCCUAUAUUACACACAGUCACACUCUAUAUAUUACACACACAGAGCACUCUAUAUAUUACACACACAGAGCAUUCUAUAUUACGCACAGUCACACUCUAUAUUACACACAGUCACACUCUAUAUAUUACACACACAGAGCACUCUAUAUAUUACACACACAGAACAUUCUAUAUUACGCACAGUCACACUCUAUAUUACACACAGUCACACCCUAUACUGCACUUGCAGUACACUUUAUAUUACACACAGUACACUCUAUAUUACACACACAUCCUGCACUCCUGUGAUAGCAGCCGCAUUAUGGCGUCAUUCAUAACAGCGACAUUUUUAUCACUGCUGCUAGGGUAUGUCUGCUGAGACUAUACUAAAGGUUAGAUAUAGGGUGCAGAGGGUCUGUGUAAGUGUGCCCCUUCAUUCCCUCAGUAUCAGGUUUCUGUGGAAUGUAACUCUAUUCAGUCUUCUGGUUGAGAGUCAUCGGAGAUAGAGUCCAAUGUACAGCAUCCAUGCUAGGGAAUGAUCGGCUGUGGUACCCCCACACAAUGUGGGGUACACCACGCUUUAAUGCCAUUAUUACGACAGGAGCUGUUAUUACGUUAUCUAAUAAUGAUUGAGGCACCACGGCUACAUCUCCGUAAUGAUCCAUUGUUUUUAUAACACACUGUCUUGGAGGUGCUAUUUUAAUAUCGAUAUUAAUGGCGCACAGUCUGGCAUUCACAAAUGGCAAACUCAGUCCUCCAUAAAGUGUUAUUCUGGCUGGGGCAUUGCUACGUUCCUGGGGCUUUAGCCCAUGCAAUAACAUCUCCCUAAAUCUGCAUCCCAGGCCAAUCCCCAACAAAAUCCUUUACCUGUGCAGUCCUAUAUCCCUCAUCCGCAAUCCUGUUAUUUUAUUGUCUUAUGUCUCUCCCCAUCUUCCUGACACCCCCGGCCCCCUACUCAGCUCCCUUGUAUCUGUCUCCCCAUUUGAACUAUUUCCUUGUCUCCUCCAUGUCCUACCACUUAUUACUCUAGUAGUAUGCUGCUUUGACCAGCUGCUGCCUGGUUAAAAUGACAAAAACUACAUGAUGCAUGAAGUUAUCCAGACCGAAUCACAUAUCUGGGGCUUUAGUCCGUAUAGCCCUCCCAAACUAACCUAUGUAUUCUGGCUGGCGCCCUAGUUUGCUUACUAAACACACACCUUCUCUCCUGUGUCUCCUGACAGGUUUUGAGAUAUUUCUGAACAACAAAUAUUGGAUUAUCGUGGUUUCUGUUCUGGGUUACCUAGGACUUGGCAUCGUCGUGAUGAGCAUCUACAUGUGCGAGAGGCGCAGUGCGUGUAUACAUUGUGGCUAAAUGUUCUGUGUUUGACGUGGUGUCUGUCAGCGUAUUUAGCUUAUUUCUGUGUCACGUGUUGUAUUUUGUUCUUUAGCUGUUACUUGGUAGUGGACCACUAUAAGAUAUGGCUGUGGAAGGCGUUUCGAAUUGGUGGCCAAGUAUACAGUACGCGUUUAUCCUCCGGCUAGUUCCUUUUCUUGCUGCAUUUAGCUAUGAACUUUGCAGUCACUUUUCAAAUCUGAUAUACAAUGGAAAGUAUGGGAUAGUAUGCAGUCAGACUGGUCAGACAAUGUUCCACCAACCUGUGGUUUUCCGCCCAGUCUCAAUCUGAAUGACUUGUUUUGUUUAUUUUUGCGUUUGUAUUUGUCUUUUUGUGUGUUAGGUGUGUGCACUAUGCAGUAUGUUUACUUAAAGCAAGACCAUUGCCAGUCUGCUAUAAUUAUGGAUCAUUCCACUAUACAUUUAAACCAGGGAGGACAUUGCUAGGUUCCAAAAAAGGUAAACUGCACUAACAGAGAGGUAGAGCUACAUUAUGACGUGUCUCCAUCGCCACUUAACCCAAUUACUAAAGGGGUGUGCAGCCCCAUCCCUUCUGUUCAAAGAACGACCCGAUUUAUAUUUAUUUUUAUAAUGGAUCUUGGCUAUGAGAUGCAUCUGCCUGAUGUAAAAUUAUUAUUAUCCUGCUCCCUUCACCAUCUGUAGAGAUCCGGAGCUAAAGAUACCCACACCUGGGACUUCAUCAGCCCCUAAAGCCCCCCUAGCCGUUCAUGUGGUGCUGGGGAUGAGGCGGUUGAUCAAUUAAUUAAUGUAGUCCCAAAAGAUGAAUUGAAUGUCUCCAGUCCAAGCAGUGUUGUAUCUUUUGAUGACCCAAAAAAAAAAAAAAAAUGCAAAAGCUGCAUUUGUGUGUGUUUUCUUUUGUCGGUGUCUUAUAUGUUUAUUAUUGUCCGUAUAAAGCUGUGUUUCUGCAUAUUUUAUCCACGUUCGUCUUGGUGCGCACUACUGUAUCUCCAAUAUAUUUUUCUUUUUUGUUCAUGUUUUAGAGAGGAGAUCACAGAAGAACCAGAAAGCCAGGUAAUCAGUGCUACAUUUGAUGCUUACAUCGAUUUAUAAUUGGGGGGAGGAGGUUGGGGCAAGAAUGGCCUAUCAGACUGGUAUCCCCAAAUUGAGAGCGGUUCCCAAGUACCCCUUAUUUUAUAAUUAGACUUCCUCACAUUAUGUACCAAUGGACUGCCCAUCAUGUGAGUGAAUUUGGCAGACCAUACUACUGAGUGUGCCCUGGACCACCCCAGCUCCCUCACGUAACACUGCUCAGUUUGUUUCCUUCUAUCCUGCACCUACAUUCUCACUUUUUUGGCCUGAGCACUCUACUUUUUUUUUCUUCAGAAAUAACAAAUAUAAAUAAAAGCAAGUGGCAGUGGGAGAGUAUAAUUAUAAUCACUGAUAAUCAGGGGGCAUCAGGAAAGGAAAACCAAAGGAAAAAAACAAAAACAACAGGUACACUUUAACGUGUGGAUUGUUUAUUGCCCACCCUAAUUCUAAAUAAGCCCCAUUCUGUUUUUCCAUUCUACAGAUUCUAUAAGGCCAGCAGCGCUACAAGGAAUCUAUAUAUGGACAGCCCAAACAAUUCGCAAGGUAAGUGUGGUACGCGCCGGCCCCUUAUAUACAUGGUAGGUAGGCCAAAUUAUAGGGACUUAUUUACAAACAAAUGCAAGCCAGGGAAAGGGCUAGAUAUCUACGAUUCCUUUCUAAAUCUCGGCAAUGACACCGCUGUAUGCUGGUCUUCAGUUGCAGGCAGGAGAAGCCGCCAGGGCAGCGUCAAUGAGAUGCCAUCAUGCAACAAGUUGCCUCUUCUCAUCUGCCAAUGCCACUUAAGGCUGAUAGGUUAACGAGGUGGGCACAAUCUGACUGAAGCUCUGCCUUUUGUUGUACUUUGCGAAAAACUUGCAGAUGUGGCACAAGGGUCCAUGGUUCGUGAAUUUAGUAAAACAUACCAUUUAUUAAAGUUGUAAAAAAAAGAAAAAUAGGGACAUAGCAGCAUAAAUCAAAAGCGUUUCUCCCAGGGUAAUCCCAGCGUUUCUCCCAGGGUAAUCACCUAACGCAUUUCGUGCUGCAUUAGGCAAUAGAAUUAAGUGCCAUGCCGCGCAAAGCGCCUUUGCUGACUACCCUGGAAGAAACCCUAUUUAUGCUGCUAUGUCCCUAUUUGUAUUUUUGUAUCUUUUAUGCAUAGGACACAGGAGUUCUUUUUUUGUGCAAGGACAUAGUUUGAUGUUAUAAAUCCAUGCCGUGUCUUUUGUAGCCAUAUUGCAGUUACCGUGUAUGUAUGUUCCAAACAGAUGCUGACGUGAAGCCAGCAGACACCAUGUAUCUGAAUUUUACUGAACUUUCCGUGAAGGAGAUUAAGAAAGAUCGAAACUCAGCUGCAAGUUCUUUCUUGGAUCCAUCUGUGGGUGAGUAUUUUCAGGGAGGGAAUUUGAAAAAAACCUAAAUUACUAUGAAUGAAUGCAGGCAGGGAGGGAGGGAUAAGAGAUGUAGGUGUACCCUUGCAGUAUAUUACUUCUGUUACAAGGGCGCUGUGUGAGCUGACAGCAGAUGCCAUUUUUGAACAGAAUUGAAGUCACGUGUGCUGGGGGUGCAUCUAGUCCUGGCACAAAAGUGCAGAUUAUUCUGUAUGCAUAGUGAUUUCAGCUAAAACGCUGCACAUACAAACCCGUACCACAAUGACCACUUAUGAAAGUAGAAGUGGUCAUGGUGGUUGGACUAACUCUUUGAUAAGGCUGAUGAACUAUAACACCAAUAUACAAACAUGCACUUAAUCCACACAAUGUGGGUAAGUGCCAAUCUGGAAAUGAGAUAAGUAUUCUAUCAAAUAUAGUAAAUACUCAAUAUAUAUAAAUAAAUAUAGGGGUUUUCAAUCACAAUUUUUCCCCACCAUAACCUAAUUGGAUUUUGCUUCCCAAGCACUACCAAGCCUCAAUACCAAACCAGUAACCAACCUCAUGCUGAAGAGUUGCAUUAACAACGAAACAGCUGUCCAUGAGUGGUUCACUGGUUUUGCAUCUUAUCCUAAGUUGUGUUCCAAGCAGCUGUAUACUGCAAACACAGAUUAAAAGGAAUCCAUGUUUAAAAUGGAAUGAGGCAAAAAUGUGAUUCUUUGUUAAACUAAUUUGCAUAUGCCCACCCAGAAUCCUUUGCGGUUGUAACAUCACUGCAGAUUUGGGAUUUCUGUGGGAAAAGCAAGUCUUAUGGCUUGACUGGUGUGCAGAUUUUUGUUUAACAUUGUAUUAACUAAAUAAAUAUAUAUAUAUAUAUAUAUAUAUAAUAAAGAGCAGAUAAAGGGAACACACUAGGUCUUCAAUUCAGUGAGAUAAAGUUAUUUAAUGUAUUAUCAAAAAUACGCGGUGAGUAACAAAAAAAAUCGACGUUUCGACCAUCCUGGGGUCUUUAUCAAGUCUUUAAGUGCCGAUAUCUGCAAAAGUGCAGAUAAUUCUGUAUGCAUAGUGAUUCUAGCUGCACAUACAAACUCGUACCACAACUACCACGUCUGAAAGUAGAAGUGGUCCAAGUGGUUGGUCUAACUGUUUGAUAAGGCUGACGAACUAUAAUAGUUUUCAAAGGCCCAUUUUACCAUUUUUUUCAAAUAAUCCCAAUACUUUAUGAAGUGUGCAUCCAAUAUUCAUAUAUUCUCCUGAUAAUAUUUUUUACGUCUUUUGUGAAACAAAGCUUGUUUACAAAGCUUUUAUCUAUGGUAAGUUUAUCUAAUAUGCUUGGUAAAGCUCUAACCAAAGCUCUCCUCUAAACUGAAGGUUCUCCUCUACAGCCAGUUAAAAUGCUGGAAGGUCUGUAGCCUAGCCCGCUGUUACCGGUAGUAUUAGGGUUAUUCAGGAAAGUAAGAAUCCAAAGUGAAUUCAAGGCGAAUUUCAAAUUUAAGUCCGUAGUAGCUGGAAGCAUAGCUGACUUUGUCCAGUUUGGCUUUUUUGACCAAGGCUACCACUUAAGGGGUACAAAUUGUAUGGGGCUCCGGCUGCCCGGGGGCCUACACUCCUACUGUGCAUAUAUAUACACUGCUCGAAAAAAUAAAGGGAACACUUAAACAACACAAUGUAACUCCAAGUCAGUCACACUUCUGUGAAAUCAAACUGUCCACUUAGGAAGCAACACUGAGUGACAAUCAAUUGACAGGUGGAAAUUGUAGGCAAUUAGCAAGACACCCCCAAUAAAGGAGUGGUUCUGCAGGUGGUAACCACAGACCACUUCUUAGUUCCUAUGCUUCCUGGCUGAUGUUCUGGUCACUUUUGAAUGCUGAUGGUGCUUUCACUCUAGUGGUAGCAUGAGACGGUGUCUACAACCCACUCAAGUGGCUCAGGUAGUACAGCUCAUCCAGGAUGGCACAUCAAUGCGAGCUGUGGCAAGAAGGUUUGCUGUGUCUGUUAGCGUAGUGUCCAGAGCAUGGAGGCGCUACCAGGAGACAGGCCAGCACAUCAGGAGACGCGGAGGAGGCCGUAGGAGGGCAACAACCCAGCAGCAGGACUGCUACCUCCGUCUUUGUGCAAGGAGGAACAGGAGGAGCACUGCCAGAGCCCUGCAAAAUGACCUCCAGCAGGCCACAAAUGUGCAUGUGUCUGCUCAAACGGUCAGAAACAGACCCAUGAGGGUGGUAUGAGGGCCCAGCGUCCACAGGUAGGGGUUGUGCUUACAACCCAACACUGUGCAGGACGUUUGGCAUUUGCCAGAACACCAAGAUUGGCAAAUUCGCCACUGGCGCCCUGUGCUCUUCACAGAUGAAAGCAGGUUUACACUGAGCACAUGUGACAGACGUGACAGAGUCUGGAGACACCGUGGAGAAUGUUUUGCUGCCUGCAACAUCCUCCAGCAUGACCGGUUUGGCAGUGGGUCAGUAAUGGUGUGGGGUGGCAUUUCUUUGGGCUGCCGCACAGCCCUCCAUGUGCUCGCCAGAGGUAGCCUGGUAUGGAGAUGAGAUCCUCAGACCCCUUUAAGACCAUAUGCUGGUGCGGUUGGCCCUGGGUUCCUCCUAAUGCAAGACAAUGCUAGACCUCAUGUGGCUGGAGUGUGUCAGCAGUUCCUGCAAGAUGAAGGCAUUGAUGCUAUGGACUGGCCUGCACAUUCCCCAGACCUGAAUCCAAUUGAGCAUAUCAGACUGUCCAGGAGUUGGCAGAUGCUUUAGUCCAGGUCUGGGAGGAGAUCCCUCAGGAGAUCAUCCGCCACCUCAUCAGGAGCAUGCACAGGCGUUGUAUGGAGGUCAUACAGGCACGUGGAGGCCACACACACUACUGAGGCUCAUUUUGACUUGUUUUAAGGACAUUACAUCAAAGUUGGAUCAGCCUGUAGUGUGUUUUUCCACUUUAAUUUUGAGUGUGACUCCAAAUCCAGACAUCCAUGGGUUGAAAAAUUUGAUUUCCAUUUUUUUAAUUUUUGUGUGAUUUUUUUUGUCAGCAAAUUCAACUAUGUAAAGAACAAAGUAUUUCAGAAGAAUAUUUCAUUCAUUCAGAUCUAGGAUGUGUUAUUUUUGUGUUCCCUUUAUUUUUUUGAGCAGUGUAGAUAUAGCGAGUGCCACUAUAUAUCCCCCAGGUCACUAUUAUCUCGCUCUUGCAUAACAAAGAGGGGGCCCAGGAGACUACAGCAUAGUAGGCCGUCAGAGCGUUGCCGCUGGGUACUCCGAUGUGAUGAACAUGCCAAAGCUCACGAAAGAGGGUGAGGACCUGCUGCCUGCUGGGGGAGGGGGAAAGAACAUAUUAUCAAUAAUUAUAUAAUAAUAAAACAAUCUCACCCCCACAGCCCCUAUUCUACCCUACAAAUUUUCACAUCCACUAUACAUACACUGCAUCUAUUAUACACACACUGCACUCACUAUACACACACUGCAUCCAUUAUACACACACUGCACUCACUAUACACACACUGCAUCCAUUAUACACACAUUGCAUCCACUAUGCACUCACUAUAUCCACUGUGCACACACUGCAUCCAUUAUACACACACUGCAUCAACUAUACAUACUGCAACAUGAUACACACACUGCAUCCACUAUACACACACUGCAUCCACUAUACACAUACUGCAUCCUUUAUACACACACUGCAUCUCUUACACACACGUACACUGCAUCUUUGUGGAUGAAUGUAGGUGUGGGACCUGCGGGCGGACUCGAGGGCAGAUCCCGGGGGGCUCAGACAUUGAAAUUUAUAAUUGUAGUAAUUCAAAAACGGGGGAUACCGCACUCACACUUAGGAAUCCAAGUGCUUAUCAGGGUCAGGGUUGGCAAAACCCAGAUCAGUAGAUAAAAUAAAUUAGGUCGAGGCAGUCAGGAUUGCUGCAGGAAGGCAGGUUUAUUGAACAAAGAGUGCAAAGUUUCAGAGUGCAGAGGCCUUUAUCAAGCGUGACAAAGGCCUCUGUGUAGGCAGAAACUUUGCACUCUUUUUUUUCUAAUAAACCUGCCUUCUUGCAGCAAUCCUGAGUGCCUGGACCUAAUUUAUUUUAUUAAAAUUUAUAAUGGCAGCCCUGAUUUUGACCUUAAAUUUGAAAUUCACUUUGAUCUCUCACUUUAGUGAAUAUCUCUGAAUGGGGUUUAUGGACAUAAAUUGUUGCUUUCACAUUCAUGUUUGUACCCGUUUUAUGCAUGUUCACCAUAUUCUUUAUAUAAAUAUAUAAACCUACACAUUAUAUAAUUAACAAACAUGUCAAUUGAAUGACAUGAUACCCUGCUUGAGAAUAAUGAAUUCUAUUCUUCCUGCUAACGUGUAUCGCUUUAUAGUAAUAGGUAGACUUUGAUUGCUAGAGGCUAGACCAACGAUUUGUUAGCUGCAAGGUCGGAACCCAAAGUCCCCAUUUUAGUUUUGACUUUACAGAAAUGUCCCCAUUAUUUCCUAUUUUCGGCCCACAUCCCUCUGUCCUAUCCUAAUGUCCCUAGGACAUUAUGAAAUUUCUCAGAAGAGCCUGCCCCUGGCCAUAACUCACAACCCUAAAAUGAAAGGGUCCCUCUUUAUCUACGUAAAUUGAGGGGAGAUAUGAUAUCGCAUUCACAUGCAGUAGAAUGGUUACUGUACCCACAAUGCAACCCUGCAAUGAUAGAAAGCCCCUUGUCACAAUUGAGUUAUACGAUCUGGUUAAAUAUAACAUGACAGAUGAAGGCUAGGUAACUGAGGUAAUUUUAACAUUAAAGGAUGGAUCACUAUUCUAAUGGAAUUUACAUUAUUUAGGUCCCUGCUUUAAAAUGUUACUAAUUAUUUAGCUGAAGAGUUAACAUAUACAUCUUACAUAGGAGAAAGCUCGUCAGCUACUGGCAGCCACACAAAGUGUACACCAUCUAAGUGGAAACAAAAUUAAACAUGAACACAACAAAAACACUCAAACAGUAAAAACAGUAAAAAUCAUAACAAACACAGGAAGCGCACAUACAAUACCAAAUACACAAAAAGCUACUAACUCUGACAUUUUCUGAUACCUCCCUCUCCCCUCUCCCCUCCACCCCCAUUCCAAUCUGCUCCCAUUUUACUUCACCAUAGGACCACUCAAUCAUCUUAUAAAAGUCGAUAAACAUGUAAUUUUGUAAUGUAGCUAAGGUGAUUAUACCGCUUUACUGAAAACAAACAAAUCCUCUUCUAUGCUAUGGUUUCAAAUUCAAUGCAUGGAGGAGAUGAUAUUCGGCUCCUCGUGACGCACUAAACCCUAUCUAGCCAUUUAGACUCUGUGGCUACUCCCAGUGGAGUCCAAAGACUUCAAGUCAUUGUUGCAACAGCACUUUAGCUAUUCCACUUUCCACGCACACAUAUUUGCUCAUGUGGUGCCCCAGGAGACUGUGGGAGAGAAACCCCUGGGAACCAGUUGUUAUCCUGAGGUUUUGCUGCCCAAUUCUCCAACUGCCCAGCGUGAUAAGGUACUUGCUCAAUGACUUGAUUUUUUACACCCUUGUAAUCCUUUCAAUGUACCAAAGAAUACAUUUGGAUAUUUCAAUUCCAGGGUCGAUGUUUUUUUUUUUUUUAAAUUCAUUUAUGUUUAGUAUGUUAACAUUGUGUCAGGUUUACUUUUGCCUUUGUAGACAGUCUUUCCAUGUUCCCUUUACUGCUGUAUUGACUCUCGAUGUGGAUCUGUUUUUUAUAUUGAGACUGAUAGUUUAAAAAAAAAAAAAAAAAAGCUUAAUAAAAUUUUAUUUAGAAAAAAUAAUGGAAGAAACAUUGGAAAGCACACACAUAGUAACAAACACAAAUACAGGCCGGUAUUUCUCGCACUGACUGAGUUUUGCUUCCAGUAAUUAUAUUGUUUUCAAUUCCUCUUCUGUUAUCCAUCAUGUUUUUUUGACAGUCACGCUUCAGAAACACAACGUUUGUGGUUUUAGGGCAAAAAACAUAUAUAGAGUGUAAGAAAUGGUGCUGUCCCUUAUUCCUAUGUGGAGCUUAUUAUUCUAAUGAGCUGUUGUUAAUACAACCAUGUUACAGCACACAGGAAUACUCAGGUCAUCUAUAUUUAGAAAUAACCCCUAAGAAUACUGUGGCAAAGAACUCUCUGCACCGUGCAGGGUAAGGUAGAGCUCUGUUGUAGAUAGCAGGGUAGUAACAUCGGAUUUACUUGAUCAAUACAUGAUAAGUUGGUCAUUGCACUUGGCAUUUUGAUCUCAUGGUCCUCUCAGUAGCCAGGAUUCCCUAUGUCGUUUGGGCACAGCAAGUUUAACCAUUUCCUCAUAGACCAGAAGUGUCAAUGCACCCCACUUCCCAAUAAUUUAUUACCAGUCUAGGAUAAGAUGAUUAUUAUGGGAGUUGUAGGCCAGCGACAUUUGGAGUUGAUUUUGACGUGCCUGCCAGACUUCUAUUCACCAAGCUGCCAUUUAUUCACUGAAUUGCCAUUACAAAUGGUCAAGGCAUUUUAUGUUUUUACCCUUAUGCAGUAAACAGUGGUGGAUCAUCUGUAGGGACACAGGGGCAGUGAGCCGUCAUACGAUGUCUGCAACAUUUUUCCCAGAAAAAAUAAUAAUUUUACCAGCUGUCAGUAGACUUAGACUGAUAUUAUAGUGCCUUAAAAAGAGAACUAAUUUUGUUACAAAAAUCUGUGCUGUGCCUAUUUUCAGUUUCCUUCCCUCCUCUUCUUUCUUAGCAGAACACAGACUGCUUACUGGUUAAUAAUGAUUGGCAGCUAACAAGCAGGAGUGACUGCGGAGUUUGAGCUAUUGGGCACGUCAGACUCCAGGGUUGGUUUAGAAUAAUGUCCAGUCUGAGUAUAGACUGCAUACACGCUCAGGUUUCUUCUCCAACUGAUGUGUGAUGUCAACCAUUCACUUAUGCUGGGGGAGAAUGAAGCUUGGAGACCUGAGAAAGGACCGUGCCCAGUGCCGUUCUACCACAUUUUUUCCUCCUAUUUACAUUAGAGUGACAAUAGUUGCCACACACCCUCACAUCCAUACACAUUAAAGAGUUCCCCGUACACUUCCUUCCUGGCUGGAGAUGUGGAAACGUGGAAGGGAAUGGUGGAAAAUGCUGUGAAAUAUAAUAUGUGAAAAAUGAGGGAGAGUUGAAGAAGAAAAAACUGCCAGGGAUUGGGUAGAUAAGGGUAAAAAGCUGAGCUGGGGAUGGCAAUAUGAGCUUGGGAGACAUGGGUGACUGUGCCAAAGGGCAGCACUUUGUGUCAAAAACAUGAUGGACCCGGCAAACCUACAACUAGGUCUGUGCAAGCAUUUCUCUGUAUUGGGAUAUCUCUGUAUUAGCACUGGAGCUGCUGUUGUCCAGUCAGUCUCUUAUUAAGACGUGCUGUUAAUAAGUACAAGGAGUAGGCGCUGCACCAAUCCUUGUACUUUCAUCUGUUUGUGGAUGGGACGAUAGACCCCGGCUCCGGUGAUUUAGCUGCCGUUUGGACUGUUCCAGUUAUUGCUUAGCGCUGAAUACCCUUGAGCUUUUUCGUGUUGUUAAUAAGACUCAGGGUGAAUGGGCACAUCCUCAGAGUAAGGGGCAUGGGUUAUUACAAAGUGAUAACAUUGCAGAUACCUUGUUUAUAUAAUAGAACAUCAAACCCUCCAUUCAGGACAAUAGCAGUGUUAACCCUGCUAGGGCCAGAUAGAUAUGGAUCUGUAAAAUGUGAGAUGGUUCUCCCACUUAGCGCUAGCAAGGUGGAAUAUUAAUUGUAUGAAUCUAAUUAACAAUCUCUCCUUCCAGACGGAGAUUCAUAUCUGGAACCGAACGAUAUUGAAGUGGAUCACGUGUCGGAAGGUGAGAAGGAGACGAGGCUGGUAUGGAAGCACAUAAUCAAUAACAGGCUUAUAGAUAGGGUGGAGGGGUAAUACAGAGCGAGAGAGGGAUAAUAUAGAGUGUGAGAGGGUAAUACAGAGCGAGAGAGGGAUAAUAUAGAGUGGGAGAGGGUAAUACAGAGCGAGAGAGGGGUAAUACAGAGCGAGAGAGGGUAAUACAUAGUCAGAAAGGGUAAUACAGAAUGAGAAAGGGUAAUACAGAGCGAGAGAUGGGUAAUAUAGAGUGGGAGAGGGUAAUACAGAGCGAGAGAGGGGUAAUACAGAGCGAGAGAGGGUAAUACAGAGUCAGAAAGGGUAAUACAGAGUGAGAAAGGGUAAUACAGAGCGAGAGAUGGGUAAUAUAGAGUGGGAGAGGGUAAUACAGAGCGAGAGAGGGGUAAUACAUAGCGAGAGAGGGUAAUACAGAGUCAGAAAGGGUAAUACAGAGUGAGAAAGGGUAAUACAGAGCGAGAGAUGGGUAAUAUAGAGUGGGAGAGGGUAAUACAGAGCGAGAGAGGGGUAAUAUAGAGCAAGAGAGGGUAAUACAGAUUGAGAAAGGGUAAUACAGAGCGAGAGAGGGGUAAUAUAGAGUGGGAGAGGGUAAUAUAGAGCGAGAGAGGGUAAUACAGUGCGAGAGAGGGCUAAUAUAGAGCGAGAGAGGGUAAUACAGAGCAUGAGAGGGUAAUGCAGAGCAUGAGAGGGUAAUACAGAGUGAGAAAGGGUAAUACAGAGCGUGAGAGGGUAAUACAGAGCGUGAGAGGGUAAUACAGAGUGAGAAAGGGUAAUACAGAGCGAGAGAGGGUAAUAUAGAGCGAGAGAGGGUAAUACAGUGCAUGAGAGGGUAAUAUAGAGUGGGAGAGGGUAAUACAGAGUGAGAAAGGGUAAUACAGAGUGAGAGAGGGGUAAUACGGAGUAAGAGAGGGUAAUACAGAGUGAGAGAUGGGUAAUACGGAGUAAGAGAGGGUAAUACAGAGUGAGAAAGGAGUAAUACAGAGUGAGAGAGGGUAAUACGGAGUGAGAGAGGGUAAUACAGAUUGAGAGAGGGUAAUACGCAGUGAGAAAGGGUAAUACAGAGUAAGAGAGGGUAAUACGGAGUGAGAGAGGGUAAUACAGAUUGAGAGAGGGUAAUACGGAGUGAGAAAGGGUAAUACAGAGUGAGAGAGGUUAAUACAGAGUGAGAGAGGGUAAUACAGAGUGAGAGAGGUUAAUACAGAGUGAUAGAGGGUAAUACGGAGUGAGAGAGGAGCAAUACAGAGUGAGAGAGGGUAAUACGGAGUGAGAGAGGGGUAAUACAGAGUAAAAGAGGGUAAUACAGAGUGAGAGAGGUUAAUACAGAGUGAGAGAGGGUAAUACAGAGUGAGAGAGGUUAAUGCAGAGUGAUAGAGGGUAAUACGGAGUGAGAGAGGAGUAAUACAGAGUGAGAGAGGGGUAAUACAGAGUAAAAGAGGGUAAUACAGAGUGAGAGAGGUUAAUACAGAGUGAGAGAAGGUAAUACAGAGUGAGAGAGGUUAAUACAGAGUGAUAGAGGGUAAUACGGAGUGAGAGAGGGGUAAUAUAGAGUGGGAGAGGGGUAAUACAGAGUAAAAGAGGGUAAUACAGAGUGAGAAAGGGGUAAUAUAGAGCGAGAUGGAAUACAGAAUAAUUGUUGAAAUAACUGUACUUCAACUUAUUUCAGAAGAAGAAGAGUAUGAGAACGCAAAGGAAGAAAUAAAAGACCCGUCGGAUGGUAAGUGUAGAGAGCACUGAGAUUUACUGUAUUCACAGAGGCCGGAAGUUUAUUUAAUUACUCCACCAACACGCCAGAUACUUACAGCAAUGCUUCUCAACACCGACGUCAAAACUCACCAACAUCCCAUGCUUCAAUAGAGAUAUCAAUAAACCCGAACUAAGAUACAUUCAUACACACUGCACAUUACUGGGAGUUUUAUUGCUGUGGAGCUACUUGAUAGACUCACAUGCAAUAAUCUCUCGUAUGAUGGAGAUCAGCUGAAAUGUCAAGGGUACAUAUCCCAGUCAGGCAUUGCAUUGUGGGUUGAUGACAUUCCGUUUAGAAUUCUAUGAUCUCCAGAAACAUGGAGGCAAACAGACUGAUUGAUUCACAUUCCAGUUUAUCACACAGGAACUCAGACUGACCUUUCAUCCUCUCACAGGCUCCCAGUCAUAUGAGGAUAUGAUGGGCUCCACCGGCAUAAGGACAGAAGAGGAACAGAUUCACACUGAGACUGAAGCUCAGGAAGAAGGUGAGACGGGGUUCCUUGUUCGACCUAAUUCUGGCCAGGGGUGAAUUAUACAAAAAGUGUGACUGUGGGAACUCCAGGCAUCAGUACAGCUUUCGGCAUUUUAUGGCUUUUGGCCCAAAUAAUUCCACGUAUUUUAUGCCAAAUUCUGUAUAGAGUUCCAAGAAACAAAAUGAUUGCAGCAUUCUGUAUGUUAACCCUAGGUAUCACUGCUGGCCACACCUGGCCCUGUAGGUCAUGAGAUUAACAAUAGCUCAUUUUUAAAUGAUUUCAAAGGUUGGUAUCAUUUUAUUUCAUUUUAAUGUUAUUGUUUGUCAUAUUUUUCCAGCAUUCUCUAUACAAUGCAAUAGACAUGGGGUCAGGUCUGGAACGUCGCUUUAAGAUGGGAUGUAUAUGGAGAAAUGCAUACUACAGGGCACUCAUAUCACUGGGUUUAUGUGUUCUGAGUAUUAUCCAUUAAAGUUGACCUCUAGACCUCUUUUGAUGGAGGGUAAAGGAUUUGAUUAACGUAAAGUACAUUUCUAUUCCAGAUGCUGAUUCCUAUGAGAACAUGCAGGCUCCAGUGUAUGCUCAGGCAAACCACUACACAGCCUCCCUUAACAAGGCAGAGGAUCUGAGUCCCACCAGGGAGGACAGCAAGGUAGCUGAAAAACUGGCCGCCAUACUAGCAAGUUGGAAUCGAUCCCCGACCACUCAAGACCUUACACAAGAGAGUACGUGUGGGAUGUCUCUUUAAUCUGCUUCUUCUGGUUUGAGAGUUUAUUAGUUUAAACCACAGCUUUCCACAUGGGAGUCCGCAGAAAUGUUUACAACUUUUCUAAAUGAAUGACCCCGGCCCUUCCACUUUCAUUUCCUGGAGCAUUAAGCGGAGUAGUUCUUCGGUAAUCUAAAACAGAAGCAGUGGUCUGUGACCAUCUGGCACAGACCUCUGUAUAGUGCACCAUCAUGGUGAGAAGUGCAGUAAAGCUCUGGGAAAUGACAUCACAACCUGGCACUCUGCUUCAUUAAGCAGUGUGAAGACUGAGUGGGCCAAACCUGGCGGAGGGUCAGAGCAUUAGCAUGCGCAGCCCCUUGAAGACAGGAACCCCCUAAUCAAACACUAACUCCCCAACUCUAAGUUCCCCAAAACCUACAGCUUGGGGUUCACUGAUGUACCCAUUCUCCUAGCUCAACACAUUUUAUUUUUUAAAUUGGAGCCAGUUUUACAAACACUCUGUUGGAUUAAGUCAUCUAAUAUUCUAAGAGUGUUGCAUUCCAAAAAAACGUGACCAGGCUUCCCCUUUGAGGAAGGGGGUCUUCUAUAAAUAGAGUACAACCUGAAGGGUGGCACCGAUUUUACAAUUACUCUACAAUAAACCAUUUCCUUAAAUGCCUUGCAUGUUGUUGGUUCUUAAUAUUAAACUACAGUUAGAAUGUCUGAUUUGUGCUAUUUCCAAAUAAUCUGCCAUAGAGAAAGCUUGGGAAGUGUCUGAGAGAACGUUGCUGAUAUUUCUAUAUUUCUCUUCACAGAUGGAGAUUUCUACCUCUCUUAUGAAAGCCACAGGUUAUAG